UGCUAAUAUUAAUGUUACAUAAUUCUCGGAGUUCUCGGGCAUCUUGACGAGUAUCUCGACGAUUUUAAGUGUCGGUUCAUUUUUGAGUGUUGGAGAUGGUUGUUCUGUCCAAAGAGUACGGCUAUGUGGUGUUCACGGGUGUAGCCAGCAUGGUGAUGAUUGGCCACCUGGCUUACCAAGUGGUCAAAGCUCGCAAGAAGUACAAAGUUGAUUAUCCCAAAAUGUACAGUGACGACCCAGAAACUGGGAAUAUCUUCAACUGUAUCCAGCGUGCACAUCAGAACACGCUGGAGAUUUACCCCACCUUCUUUCUGCCUGCUGUUGGCGGUUUGCACGCUCCUCGCCUUAUCAGUGGACUUGGAGUUGUGUGGAUUGUAAGCAGGGUGGUUUAUGCAUAUGGAUACUACACCGGAGACCCUAAGAAGAGAAUGCGGGGAGCCUUUGGGAAUCUGGCUGUGUUCGGCAUGAUGCUUACCACCCUCUGCUUUGGCCGGAACCUGCUGGGCUGGACGGUACCACUGAGGCAUUUCGGUUGUGUGACUGUUAAGCAGAACCCAUAACCUUUGAACUGAGCAUGGAGAGCACUUGCUCAUGGGAUCACAUUAUAUUCAAUGGCAGCACAUGUCAGCUGUGUACCACACAGAACGUGCACUCACCUCUGACCAGUUUGUUUGAAGUAGAUGAUUGUGAAGUGACCAAACCAGUUCUCCAGCAGCAAGAUGU